AUGGGAUCUAUUGAUCAAGAGCCUCACGUUACCGCCUCUACGGCGUAUUCUGUCCCAAGAUCUACGGCCGGUGUUUACAAACAUGCCAUUCUCGAAAACCCCCUCAUUUCCAAGGACCUCCCGCUUGAGGUUCGAAAUGGAGCUGCGGCCAUCAACUUCACAGGCUCCGACGACCCUUCACUACCUGUCAACUGGCGCUUCACUGAAGCUGUUUCUUCUCUCAAAGCAUUGGAAGCAGGUCUGGUAGAUGUCAUCCUUCAACGACGACAUGGCCUUGAGUCACAUCAGAUCACCAUCAACACCGAUCAUGCCAGCUUCAACUUGCGCCAAGCAAACCCGAAGCUGUUUCAGUAUUUUCCGAGCUGCGAUAAGCACCGCAUGAACUCCUCUACGCAUCGAAACCUCGCAACGAAUAUAUACAAGUGUGCCGAUGGUCGGUUCUUCCAGGCGCAUGGCUCACUCAACCCCACUCCCACGCUUCAAAAUGUUGGGCUUCCAGCCGAGUUAGAUGUCGGCACCUACGAAGAUGGCGUACAGAUCUUCCAAAACGCCUUUAGCAAGCUUGAUAGCGAGAAACUACAAGCUAUCACGGAUGAAACACGCCAAGCUGGGACCAUUUGUUAUACGACAGGCGAGUAUCUGCAGUCCAAGCAUGGCCGUGCAAACGAGCACGUGGGCCUGUGGGAGAUACACGAUCGACCGAAUACCAACCAAGUUCCAUGCUGGUUCGCAUCUCCAAAUGUUCAAGCCGACCCCUCGAGACCUUUGGCUGGCCUGAAGGUAGUUGAUCUCACGCGAAUCAUCGCUGGUCCAAGCAUCACACGCAGUUUGGCAGAACUAGGCGCGAGUGUAAUGCGUUGCACCGCUCCUCACUUGCCAGAUGUCGUCUCCCUCCAAGCUGACCUCAACUGGGGUAAAUGGAAUUGCAGCUUGGAUCUUCGGGUUCAGAAAGACUGUGAGCAGCUCCGAAGACUCAUCUUGGAAGCUGAUGUUGUUGUUCAGGGCUAUCGGCCUGGCGUGCUUGAUAAGUAUGGAUUCGGUCAAGACGAUAUCAUCGACAUGUGCAAGGGCAGGGACGAGGGUGUCAUCUAUGUCCGGGAGAAUUGCUACGGGUGGUACGGCCCGUGGAAGGAUAGGAGUGGAUGGCAGCAGAUUGCAGACGCGAACACUGGACUAAGUCACUCCUUCGGAGAGGCCAUGGGCCAUGGCGAUCCCGUCACGCCGCUAUUUCCUCAUAGCGACUACUGCACAGGCAUAGCCGGAUCCUGUGCUGUUCUCCUCGCAAUUCUGCGACGUGCCGAGAGCGGAGGAUCGUACUGUAUCGAUCUCGCCCUCAACUACUACAGCGCAUGGCUCAUCCGCUCCGUGGGCACAUACCCAACUGAUGUCUUUGCCAAAGUCUGGGCUGAGCACGACAACACGGUCUACCAACACUGGCACAACAAUGGUGUUUCCGUCCCUCAAGUUCUUGGUCGACUGCGGUCAGGUGUAGCCAGCGAAAGACUGUUCAAGCCAGAGUUCUUUGAGGAACGAGUUUCUCCUAGUAUAUUUGGCGAUAAGAAGUUUCAAUGUGUCAAGGGCGUGGCGGACUGGCAUGGUAUGGUGAAGCUUGGGUACAACGUGGGCACUAGGGGUAAUGGGGCAGAUGCACCAAAAUGGCCGGAUGAUCUUAUGCAAGAGACUGUUGCCUAG